GUUGGAUCAAUUCCACCUGCAGCUCAUAAUCUACUGCCUACAGCCCAGCAUCACUCUCCCAACCACCGACCAGGCUUCCCAGAAAAGAGAAUGUCCCACCUCGACGACCUCACCGACCCCGCCAGCGUCAGCAUCAAAGACGACCCCUCCGCCGCCGCGAUGACCCCCGACGAAGACGACGACCACACCAACCCCACCAGCAACAACAACAGCAACAGCAACAGCAACAGCAACAGCAACAGCAACAACCCCCUCCUCAACCCCUCCAACCCCCUCGUCUCGGAUCUCGAGCAGGAAGUCCUCGACGAGUACGCCCGGUUACUCGGGAACGUGAACGCGCUCUCCACCAAACUCGCCGACCUCGCCGGCGCCCCCGCCUCCAUGACCCUCGACGGCCUCCGCCAUCUCGAGCGCAAGACCGCCACCGUGUGCACGCUGCUCAAGGCGAGUGUGUAUAGUAUUGUGUUGCAGCAGCAGAUGAUCAAUGAGUCGGAGGGGCAGCAGUUUGCCGGCCAGGGGCAGGGGCAGGAGUUUGGGGAUGCGAUGGGGUAUGAGAGGGAGCAGCAGGGGGAGCAGGACGAGCAGGGGUAUGGGUAUUAUGAUGAGGGGCAGGAGCAGGGACAUGGGCAGGAUGUCAGUCUUUUGGGACGGUUUUGACUUUCUCGGGAAUUUUCUUUGGGAGUGGGGGGGAGGGAGUAUGGGUUGGUGCUUCGGAGUUUGGGUAUCGUUUGUCUGCUGUCUGUUGUAUACCCCUGCUUUUUUUUUAAACUGGUUAGGUGCUGUGGGAUGAAAAUGGUUAUGUAUUUUCUUACUUCGAAUGGGGACGAGGAACGGGGUUAUCUCAGUUCUAUUAACCACACAUGGGCUGGAUACAGGUUUACUAAAGAAAUCUCCCAAGACAAGGAGCAGGUUCUCAGUUCUAUCAUAACCGAACAUAGGCUGGAUACAAAUACAGGUUG